AUCACAUUAAAAUAAUUAUUUUUAACCAUGGAUAUUGUCUUACUCGGACAUCACAAGAAGUACACUCUUGAUGGCACCCAACAUGAUUAUGUCUUCCCUCUUCAGGAGAUGUUGAUGACUGUGUUAUACCUCAAGGCUAAAGUCACCCUCAGGAUCACCAAGGAUUGUAACCUGAAGGAUGAAGUAUUUGGCGAACUCCCAUAUUUCAUCUUUCAAGCAGACAAUGGUGGUGCUAAGUUCAUUACAAGGGAUAAUAUCCCUAAGUUUAUGAAGACCUGCACCACGAUUAACGAUUGGAUGACAGAUAAGCAAAAGAAAGCAUGAGAGUGGAUAGAGCAUUACAUUCUUGACCUUGACCCUUCUUUUAAAACUCCUCCAGAUUGAAAGCCUAAUGGAUUUAAUUUGUUCAGGUCAAAAUUCUAUAGGAUCAGUUCUGUUUAUCUUGAAUAUGAAGCCCACCAGAAGAUCCUCCAGAUUUUGAAUGACAAAUUAGCAGAUGGGACAUAUUUUUAUAGCGAAGAAAAACUCUGAACUCUGGAUAUUUUGGCCUAUUAUUGGCUCAAGCAGAAACUUCUCAACGAGAAAUUGUCUGAUUACGUUGCUGAAAAUGAAGGAAUUCAGCAUAAUUUCCCUAAACUUGUAGAUUUUGUUACUAGAAUGUCAAUAAUUUUCAAAAACCUUGAGUCCGAAGUCUCUAAAUAUAAGAACAGUUAUGAUCCUACUCUGAAUAUUGACCCACAGAUUGAACUUCCAGAGCAAAUGGCUCAUUUUACCUGGAAAGAUGAGAGCACACUGUUGCCUGCUCUCGAAGAAUUCAAGCAAAGAGAUGCUCUGUUGCUUGAAGGAAAGGUCAAAUAUUCCAGAGCAAACACAUAUCUCGCAGAGCCAAGGAAAAAGAGAUACAAGAGGCUCCUCGUGUCUGUUAGCUUACUGGCCCUCUUCUGCAAAUAUGCACCAAAAAGAUUAUUCUCAACCAAUUAUUAAGCAAUGACUCAACUGUAU